AGGUGCACACGCUACGCACGUAACAUUUCAUUACAUUAAAUUUGAUUCAAAAUGGCGGCGGCUAUUAGCAAGAUCGCCAAAUUCAAGGUUGUCACCCUAGGCGAUGUCGGCAACGUCCGUAUUACAGCACUGCGGCAGACUUUAAUUAUGCGCUGCGGUGAGGACCGAUGGCGUGCAGUUGCACUCUGGAUUUUGAAGACGAAAUUGGAGAAGUGCAUCACCCAACGUUUCUCCGAUUUUAUCUGGAUGGAUUACAGGAAGGUCAUGGGGGAGCAAAAAUUCAAGAGAGUCAUGGAGGAGACCUUGAAAAACAUCCGCUGGAGCAAACAUUGGUUCUUUGAGUCCCAAGAGCGAGCCGUAGCUCUCCAAACGAAGAACUACUCUCUGAACAUGUUGGUUGAGUGGUUGACUCCAUCCACCGAAGAACUCAUCCCCGUUUUGGACGCCGACGAAGAGGCGAAGUUGCGAUACAUCCAGCUGAUCAGGAAACGCAGAUUUUUGGCCAACUAAAACUGCGAGCGCUCAAAGAAACACCAACCUCCUAACUACCCACUACUUCUUUAUCUAUGUAUUUCACUGACCUCUGUUAUAACCUCGGGAUAGGCGUCACUUUUGUUUAUAACUCUGUGGCACGUGAGCAGCGAACGACAAACAAAUAGAAGCAAUCCUUGAUAUUGACACCAAUCAGUCUAGCGCACGCACCAUGUUUUGAAUCGCAAUAUACAUGAUUGGUUCUACUGUAUGUCAUGCAGCACGGUCCAAGCCGUGAUUGGCCGAAAGUUAAGCUGUCGGCAUUGUGAUUAGUGAACUAAACGCACACUGUUUUCGUUAGGCUUUUGAGCAGUAGUUAUGCUUCUAUGUUUUUUUCGUUCGCUGCACUUGAGGCUAAAGACCUCCAGUUGCGUGCACUUCAUACAUGCACAAAAGCGCUGCUUACCCUAAAAUGUUCAUAAAUCUGGCAACGGAGGAGGAUUAUGUAAUUUUAUACCAUUUUACUCCUUUAGCUUAGCCUGGUACAAAGUGCUGUGCACGCCACUGAAGACCUCUGGCAAGGCUCAAGACAUCUGAUGGACACAGAACGGUAUGAACUUAGUCCGUCAACUACUAAAAAAACCUGGUCAAGUUAGACUCCCAUAAAUGCGGCAAAAAAUCAUGUUUGUUUUACGAUAACCUCCUUAAAUAUUUCUUUUUCCUCCGCGUUUUUAGUAUUUUUUGUUAUAGUGGCAAUAGAAAUACAUAAUCUGCGAAAAUUUCAACUGUCUAACUAUCAAGGUUCAUGAGAUACAGCCUGGUAACAGGCGGACGGACAGCGGAGUUAUUAAGUACAGUCCCGACCACCCUUAAAGAAAUGGACAGAAGUCCAGUGUGUUACUAACAGAGGUCAGCUCUGUAUACUGUUGGACCCUGAUUCUUUAUUACAUUCUAAUAUUCUGACAAACAAUCUGUGAUAAAGAAAAAGUUGUCAUGGGAUGCCUGACAAAUCUGAGACAUCAAACUUUAAGGUAGACUUAUACUAUUAUUAAUUUAAAAAAAAAGAGCAUAAAACACUGCCCAUAGAUAUUAAAACUCAAAACAAAUUAUUAAUCUGUUUCGAUGAUAAAUACUCUGUUUUUGUAAUUUAAUUUAAUACAUAAAAACUCAUAAAUAAAUACUCACUAUUGUACUGCAGUGGUUUUAAAAUUUAUCAAUAUAAAUAAUAAUCAUCGAGAACACAGAACAAUGCAAAGUGUACACAGAUUAUACAGUGUUCAGCAUAACUUCAUUAACUGCUAUGACAAAAUGUCUGUGAAGCGAAAUCACAAGAUUUUACUUUCUCAUUGUGUUUGAAAUUAGGUUUGAAACUUGACAAAUUAAAAAAAAACGUAGAAAAGUCGAAAAUGGGUUUUCAUACAUCAUAAUAAAUGAUUCUUGCACUUUCUGUUCAAAAUUUAAACAAGAUAAUAUAUUUUCUUAGUAAUUUUCUGGGAGGUUUAUUUUGUACAAAUGAAAAAUUAUGUUUAUACCCAGUUCGUGAAGGUGAUAUUUACAUAAUUAUUUAUACGGAUUAAAAAAAAUUACAUUCUGUGACGUAACUUUUGACAUAAAGGGCAUUCGAAUGGAGUACGGAAUAAGGUCCACAUUCUUCUAUCUAACUUUCCUUUCUUCUUCUACUCUUCCUCCAACUUUUCUACUGUUCAUCAAUUCAGAAGAAGAUCAGAAGAAAAAGGUCUCAGUAGUGAUGAGAUACUUUUUGGAAUGCUGUAGAUUUUAAAACAAGCUUUAAACAUAAUUUUAAGUAAUUUAUUUUGCAUUGUUAAUGUAGU